CUGCCCCCCCCCCCCCCACCCCCCAAAUCUGCGCAGCGCCUUUGCCAGAUUUCCCGCGGCGACGAAGAUGGUUGGGAGCGUGGGCAGCGGGCUGGCGGAUCUGGGCGCCUCCAUGAACCGGAACGGGAAGGCGGCAACGGCGGCGGCGGAGCCGCUCCCGAUGGAGAUGGACCCGCCGGCGGACGUGAUGGCGGCGGCUGCUGCUGCUGCGGCGGCGGCCGAGGGUAAGGCGGCGGGGGAGGAGGCGGCCUCGAACGGGAGGAGGGAGAUCGUGAUGGGGAGGAACGUGCACACCUCCUGCUUCGCGGUCAAGGAGCCCGACGCGGACGACGAGGAGACCGGCGAGCGGGAGGCCACCAUGGCCAGCGUCCUCGCGCUCUACCGCCGCUCGCUCGUCGAGCGCACCAAGCACCACCUCGGCUACCCAUACAAUCUGGACUUUGAUUACGGUGCAUUGGGCCAGCUGCAGCACUUCUCCAUUAACAACCUUGGAGACCCCUUCAUUGAGAGCAACUAUGGUGUCCAUUCCAGGCAGUUUGAGGUCGGAGUGCUGGAUUGGUUCGCUCGCCUCUGGGAUUUAGAAAAGGAUGAAUACUGGGGAUACAUUACUAACUGUGGUACAGAAGGAAAUCUGCAUGGGAUUCUUGUUGGGAGGGAGGUGUUCCCUGAUGGAAUCUUGUAUGCCUCUCGUGAGUCUCAUUAUUCAGUAUUCAAAGCUGCCAGAAUGUACAGGAUGGAUUGUGUCAAAGUCGACACCCUCAUGUCUGGGGAAAUAGAUUGUGCUGAUUUCCAGAGAAAGAUAUUGCAGAACCGUGACAAGCCUGCCAUCAUUAAUGUUAACAUUGGAACAACUGUUAAGGGGGCAGUCGAUGAUCUAGACUUGGUUAUCAAAACUCUCGAAGAAAGCGGUUUUGAAGACCGGUUUUAUAUUCAUUGUGACGGCGCCCUUUUUGGAUUGAUGAUACCCUUUGUUAAGAAGGCACCUAAAGUGACAUUUAAAAAGCCUAUUGGGAGUGUCAGUGUCUCUGGGCACAAGUUUGUUGGAUGCCCCAUGCCAUGUGGUGUCCAGAUAACGAGAUUGAAGCACAUUAACGCCCUUUCUAGCAAUGUGGAGUAUCUGGCUUCAAGGGAUGCGACGAUCAUGGGAAGCAGGAACGGCCAUGCUCCUAUCUUCCUCUGGUACACCCUCAACAGGAAGGGCUACAGAGGCUUUCAGAAGGAAGUACAGAAAUGCUUGAGAAACGCACACUACCUCAAAGAUCGCCUCAAGGAAGCAGGAAUCGGAGCGAUGCUUAAUGAGCUCAGCAGCACAGUUGUUUUUGAAAGGCCAAAGGAUGAGGAGUUUGUCCGAAGGUGGCAGCUCGCCUGCGAGGGGAAUAUAGCCCAUGUUGUGGUAAUGCCCAGUGUCAACAUUGACAAGUUGGACUAUUUCCUGGAUGAACUAGUGGAGAAGCGGGCGACCUGGUACGAGGAUGGAAUAAGUAAACCCCCCUGCAUUGCCAGAGACUUGGGCGAGGAGAACUGCCUCUGUGGCCUUCACAAGUAGCGUGAGCCUUUUAGCAACAGGGGUGCGUUCAUUCGUGAGUUGAGUUAGUCCUCUCUAAUGUGCUAUGUCGUACUGUAUCCAUGUGUUCUGUACGUGAUAAUGUGGUCUGCUGUGUAGCUUAUUUGUUGUCAUGAGAAUAAAAUUCCUUCUAUUAAAUUGAUGGGUGGAAGUAGCUUA